CAACAUUUCUCACCUACGGAAGUAAUUCUGCAGAGUUUGCACUUCUGUUCAUUUGAAUACGAUUUGCAGCGAAGUGAACUGGACGUCCCAUAACUUCAAAACUUCGGAACAUCGAGCUUCGAGAGUUCAUAGCGAAACAGAAAACAUGGCCUACGCUAAUCUUCAAGCGAUGUUCAAGUUGGCUCAGAGACCAAGUCAUACAAUCAGCAACAGACAAGGCGACGAACUUGAGCUGAAAUCGCCAGCAAAAGAUGCAUUGUUGAUUGUCAAAGAUUGCAGUGACUGCCAUGCAAGUUUGGAAGAGAAAGCUGCCAAGUUACUCGUGCAGAGUUGUAAUAAUAUGGUCCUUAACGUGAAAUCUACUCUGAUUUCUGGUGUACUUGAAAUUCUGUCAUGCAAAAAAGUUGUUGUGAAUUUGCUUGAAGGUGGUCAGAUUCCAAUUAUAAUGGCUGACAGCACCACUGAUAUGACUGUAAAUGUACUACAACACUCGCAGUUAGAAUCUCUGUAUCUCCACCAGUCAAGUAGCAUUGAAGUCUGCGUACUUGGAGAAAACCCAGUAAAGCAUCCAGUAUCUUUUCCAGCAGAUGUUCCACGGUACUUACAGUUUGUAGCUCACUGGGAGAUGGAGGGAGAAGAACAAAAGCUUAUAUGUGAGAAAGUUGUGAGGGAAGGUGUUUUCCCCACAACAGAAAGAAAAUUGAAGGAGGCUCAAGAAAGAACAGAAAGAGAUCUGGAGAAACUGGCAACUGCCCUUGUGGAUAGUAUGAAGAUCACACCUAAACAGAAAGACAAACCAAGCCCUGGAAAGGAAGAAAGUUCAUCAGGAUCACCUCCAACAAAACCUCCCUCAGUCAAACCCAGAGGUGAUGCACCUAGACCAGCCCCAAGGGGAAGCCAUCACAAUAUCGAGCAUGAGGAUGACAAAAAGGAGUUCUUUGACUCUUCAGAAGAACUGGAGAAAAAGAUGGAUCUUCUUGCCAAAUGGGUGAAGGAGAGUAAACACUGUGUCAUGUUCACAGGUGCUGGGAUAAGUACAAGCACUGGAAUCCCAGAUUUCCGAAGUGGCAUGAACACUGUGUUGAAGACAGGCCCAGGUGUAUGGGAGUUGCAAGCCAAAGGCGUGGCUCGCAAACCAGGUGCAGCCAUUCCUAACAUUCUGAAAGCGAUACCCUCACCUGCACACAUGGCCAUAGUAAAGUUGCACAAAGAAGGGUUGGUCAAGUUCACUGUGAGCCAAAAUGUCGAUGGUCUACAUUUACGCAGUGGCAUCCCCAGUCAUCAGCUUGCUGAGCUUCAUGGGAACACAAACCUGGAGAAGUGCACGACUUGUGGUGCUAAAUAUUUGAGAGACUUUGGCACACGCACUUCCCGGAGAGUUCAUGACCACCUGACUGGAAGAUUCUGUGAUAAUGCCCAGUGCCGCGGCUCACUGGUGGACUCCAUCAUAAACUUUGGCGAGAGUCUUCCAACUUAUGAAUUGAAAAAGUCUUACAAAGAGGCAAAGAAAUGUGACUUGAUCAUUGUGCUUGGAUCCAGUCUUCAAGUGUAUCCUGCAGCUGAUAUUCCAGCCACCGUCGUCCGAUGUAAACAAAAGCUGGUGAUCUGCAAUCUGCAAAAGACACCACUCAGUUCCCAGAGUGCCCUUCAGAUACACAGCCAGAUAGAUACUGUAAUGUCAGGGCUUUUGAGGAGGCUUGGCUUGGAAAUACCACCCUUCAAAGUACAACGACGCUUUGUCGUUGAUAUAAGCCAGGACAAAGUCUUAAUACAAGGCCUUGACCUGGAAUGCGACACCCCUUAUUCAUUUUUCAGGCAAGUUUCUGUACGAGUGUCUCAGGAAAUUGAAGGAUCGAAGAAAGUUGUAGCUGAGAAAGUCCUAUCUAAGGAGCCUCUGGAAAUGUACCUCAACCAGAAUCUGAACAUAUCAGAUGCCAACCCCCUGUUUGUGGACUUAGAGUUAGGCUUCCAUGGUCACUAUGGAGAACCAACCAUGUCAUUCAGUGAUUCCAUUACAUUCCUUGGGAAGACUUUGUUCUCUGCAGAGUAUGAUUUGACUACAGGACAAUGGUCACUGCAAAAGUACUGAAUACAGUUGAUUUAUAAAGCUCAAAUGUUUGACUUAGAACUGUGUCAAAAACACUUUUUAAGACAGCAGAAUAUUUAGACUUGCUUUGGUCUCUGCAUGCCUACAGCAAUGGCUCUGUAGUGGAAAGAAUCAUGAGGGUGUAAGUCUCUUACAACAAUAAUUUUUGUAGAUUUUAGCAUUACGAGGCGACAUAAAAAGACUUUAAAUAUCGUAUUGGUCACAAGUAAAUUAAUUGCACUGAGUGGAAUACAAAAUAUUUAGACAAGUGUACAGUAUCAAUCCAGGAUAUAAAUACAGGUUUGUUAGUGUGUCUAAAUGUCUAGCUGACCACAAAUGGUCUGUUGGUUUUGAAACGUGAUGUUACUGAUUGAGUAUACAGUACCCAAUCUUGAUUAUACGUUGUGUUACAUGAAAACUCUUUGACAACAUUCUCAAAAUAACAGUAAAAUAUACAUGACCAGUAGAACUUCAUUCCACACACCUCUCCCAUAGUCAUGCAAGCAAUCAAAAACAAUGUUAGACAAAUUAUGUACUGUUUUGAACUCCUGUAAGCAGACACACAGCUCUCUGAAGCCUGGUUUUCCUACCACAUUUGCAAGCAUAACCAGCACACACAGACACAGUAAGUGCUGGUAAGGCACACCUUUCAGGGGCGUAGCCAGGAUUUUUCAAAGGGGGGGUCACACUGUAAAAGUGAGGGUACUCGUCAGAUUGUCAUGUCAUUUUCAAGGCACCACCUGCAGUUGUAGGUUGUUUGCUUAAAAAAGGCUUACAAAAGGGGGGGUCAUGGGCACCCUGGACACCACCUAUUUGUGCCCCCGCCUUUUGCCUUUUUGGUAGGAAAUCUUAGGCUAUUUUGUGUACUCUGGUAAUAAAAACAAACUGAAGAUAAAUGACUUACUGUAACUAAUUACUUUUUGUAGUGUACAUGUACCUUGUAUUCAUAUAAGAAAAAAAAUUAAGACAAAUGUGCCCUGGUGAUUUUCCACUCUUAAUCGCACAAAUAAAUAGUGAAAUAUCUAUCGGGAAAAAUGCAGUCUAGGUACAUCUGGGGUGCAUGUACUCAGGCUAAAAAUAUUGUACUUGUCAAGCAUUUCAGUAGUUUGUUUUCUAAUUUUGACAAUUUUAAGACAUUUCUUAUUGAAAAUUAAAGUGAAUCAACAAUGA